AUGCCUUCCAUAAGUGAGAUUGUCAAGGCACAUCAGCCAGACUUGGCUUCAUAUGAAGAGCUCUACAAGUGGUUCCACACGCACCCGGAGCUGUCCUUCCAGGAAGCCAAGACAGCGGAAGCGAUUGUCAAACAUCUCGAGACCUUCAAAGCUUUCACAAUUCAUUCCUCCAUCGGCGGCCACGGCGUCGCUGCCACAUUCUCCAAUGGCCCCGGAAAGACACUUCUCUUACGUGCUGACAUUGACGCGCUACCCGUGGAAGAGAAGACAGGCCUGAACUAUGCCAGCACAGCGCGUAUGAAGGAUGUGGACGAUGUUGAGAAGCCCGUGAUGCAUGCCUGUGGCCAUGACAUGCAUAUUACCGCGCUGCUUGCGGCGGCGGAAACUCUGGUCAGAUGUAAAGAGGCGUGGAGCGGGGAGUUGAUCUUGGUGUUCCAGCCAGCGGAAGAAAGAGCAGGUGGCGCGCAGAACAUGGUGGAUGAUGGUCUGUAUAAAAAAGUCAAAGAGCCGGAUGUCGUGGUGGGCGCACAUGUCAUGCCAGAAAGAGCUGGUGUUAUUGGUACGAAGCAUGGUCUAAUCGCCAGCUCGGCUGAUCGAUUCCAACUUCGCAUCGAAGGUCGACAAGCCCACGCAUCUACUCCCCAUCGCGGCAUCGACCCCAUCUUACAAGCCGCAUCCACAAUAAUGCGUCUCCAAUCCAUCGUCGCGCGAGAAGUAGACCCCCUAGACUUCGCCGUGGUAACUGUCUCCGCCUUCCACGCAGGCGACGCCGAAAACAUCAUCCCCUCGGAAGCAAACCUGAAAAUCGACGUCCGCGCAGCUCUACCCCAAACCCGCGAGCGCGUCCUCGCCAGCGUCAAACGUAUCAUCGCCGCCGAGGCCGAAGCAUCCAACAACCCAAACACCCCCACCUUGACACCAACAACGCAGUUCCCCUUGCUCUUCAACGACGCCGACGUUACCAACGCGCUUGAAAAGUCCUUCUCCGCGCACUUCCAGCCUGGAAAGCAUUCUUAUCAGUCGGACAUUGCGCGCUUACAGGGCUCCGAAGACUUUGGUAUCCUCGCUACCGCGAUUGGCAAGCCGAGUUGCUUUUUCCUGUAUGGAGGGACGGAUCCCGUGGUUUGGGAUAAGGCGGAGAAAGAGGGGAGGCUGAGUGAAGAUGUUCCUGGAAAUCAUAGUCCCUUCUUUGCGCCAGUUGUGCAGCCGACUUUGACGGUGGGCAUGGAGGGGUAUGUCGUUGCUGCUUUGACUUUCUUGAAGAAGGGCGAGUAG